AGUGGCUCGAUUUUCGAUGCCCGUAUAUUGUGUGUGUUUCAACGCAGAUGGAACGUGGAUUGGAGCUGGAGCGAGUGACUUUGAAAUCAAGUUAGUUGAGUUGUCAUCAGGCAAUCAGAAAGUUCUUCGUAAUCACGAGGCUCCUAUUCUCAGUUUAUCUUUUGAUCCUCUUGACAAAUAUCUGGCAUCUGCAAGUUGUGAUGGAACUGUGAGAAUAUGGAGACUCAUGAACUACGCUGUUUGUCAAACUCUGAAUGUGUUAAAGAAAUCAAAUGAUAGAGACACUGCUGAGAGCUUGUGUCGUAUAGCUUGGAAGCCAGCUGAUGGCAAAUACCUUGCGGUUCCAGUUGGACGAUCUGCUCAGUUUUACGAGAGAGAGUCGUGGGAGUUGGCAUUUUCACUGCAACACGAUCAGGGCGGUGAUGGAGAUGAGAGAAAGACUGUAAAUGUGAUUAUUUGGUCUCCUUGUGGAAGUUAUGUGGCAAGUGGUUGCAUUGGAGGAGAUGUCUUUAUUUGGAGUGUCAAUGACAGGAAAGCUCUCAAAGUGUUUUCAACAGAACCUAGUCCUAUAACCGCUCUAUGUUGGCAUCCCAAACUCGACGAGCUUCUCUAUGCGAACACAAUGGGUAAAAUUGGUGAAUUCAAACUUCAAGCUGUUAUUCGUUCUCAACAAGUUAAUGUGGAGAAUGUUGUUGAAGAUGAUCAGUAUGGUAGUGCUGGUUUGUUUGAUGAUGCUGAUGAUGACCAGAUGAAUGCUUUUCUGGACAUUGAAGCUGCAGAAGCAGAGGACUAUGAUGGCAAAAACGAGGAUGACACAGAGUUUGUCUCUGUAAGGAAAAAGUCGAGAGUAAUGGCUUUUGAAGAUGAAAGCGAUGAAGAUGUGGAAGAUGACGUGUUGGGUGAUAUUGACAAUAGAGAGCCAACAAAUGACUCAGUUAUUGAUGCUUCACUGUUAGAAGCUUUGAAAGAGGAUAAAAGGAAAGAUGAUGGAAUGAUAAACUCUGUGAAAGGGGCUCAAGUUCCUGUGUGUCGUUGCCCUCCACCCACUGAAAUUCAGAAACCAUUUCUUCCUGGCUCUACACCAGAGAUUCUGACAUCUCGUUUCAUGGCUUACAAUCUGAUUGGGUCAGUGAGACAAAAUAACGAAGACAACUUGUCGACAAUAGAUAUUGAAUUUCACAAUGCAAGUCAUCAUCAUUCGAUUCAUCUCUCGAAUCAUCUUAGCCACACGAUGGCAUCACUGUCUAGUAUGGCAGUUUUGUUGGCAUGUGAAAAGAGUGAAGAGUCUCCAAGCAAACUACAGUGCCUUCACUUUGGCUCUUGGGACACAGCUAAAGAAUGGGUAUGUUCAAUGUCAAGUGAAGAGAACAUCAAGGCGAUAGGUGUCAGUGAUUGCUUUGCCGCUGUUGCCACGAGUCACAAUUUUUUGCGUAUUUUUACUAUUACGGGCAUUCAACGUUCCAUUUGGUCUCUUCCUGGACCGGUCAUAUCUGUCACAUUGCAAGGAGCACUUGUGUUUGUAGUUUUCCAUCAAGGACAAGGAUUGUCUGGUGAGCAAAAUUUAGGAUUUUGGCUGCUGGACAUGGGACGACGACAAAGGCAACUAGUUGCACAGCAUUGUUUGCCUCUGACACCAAAGUCAACCCUCACUUGGAUAGGAUUUAUGUCAUCUGGACUUCCUACCUCUUAUGAUUCUGCUGGUGUUAUACGUGUCUUCAACAUGGCUGGUGGCAAUGUGUGGCAGCCAGUAGCCAACUUAAGAGAUCAUUUGAAGGGAAAGUCUCAUCAUUACUGGAUUAUUGGCAUUGAUGGUACUCUACCACAGAUAAGGUGUAUUCUCUGCAAGGGUUUGACUUAUCCCACAACUCUUCCACGUCCGGUUCCUACCACACUGCCAUUGAAUUUGCCAGUAUGUGAGCAGUUUACCGAGAAAGGGCAGCUUGAGGAACGUUUUCUUCGUGCAUCGAUGUUUGCAACGUCUGAUGAUGAUAUUCAUGGAAGAUUGGCAAAUAACAAAGAGUCGAUUACCAUUUUGAUGAAGAUGUUUGCAUUGGCUUGCAAAGCAGACAGAGAAUUUCGAGCUGCUGAAAUAGCAUCUCUUCUACCAGACAGUCAAACAAUCAGUCUUGCCAUUAAAUAUGCAUCAAGAAUGAAACGUCUACCAUUAGCUCAGCGACUUGAUGAUUUGGCACGACAGCGAGAUGAAGAGGAAGAAGAGGAGUCUGAUGAUGAGCUUGAAGAGGAGGGGACUGAUGGUUAUGGUGGGAUUGUUGAGAGAACACAUUUAAGUUCAGGAGACAGAAGAAUGGCUUCCAGUGUUAUAAAAGUUAAUGGAGAAUCUGUUAAUUCUGGAUCUUUUCAGGCCAUUCAGUUGAAUCGUCAGCAAGAAACACUCAAACAACGACAGAAAACCUCAACACCAGAAAUAGAGUCAGACAGUGAGCUUGAAGAAGAGGAAAGGGCAAGUACUGAUGCAGCUCCUACGGCAACGUCUUCGACAGUAAGACAUGAAACCAGAAGCAUUGCUGCUGCCAAUCCUUUCAAAAAGGCGGAGUGUCUUGUUUCCGAUUCAACAUUUAACACAAACAGUGGAUUUCUAGACAGCUUAUCCAAGACUAGUCCAGCUGUGAAGAGACUUGAUAUCUCAGCUCGAAAGAGAUUUAGCUUGAAUGGUGAAGAUGAAAACAAGGAGCGGCCAGUGAAACGUAUAAGCAAAGCAAAACGACUGGAAGCAGCUGCAGUUCAACUGUGGAUCAAUGCCAACAAGGAAUUACUUGAAAAGGAAAUCAGUGACUUGUCUGGAGAUGCUUUCAAUAAACAGUGUACAUCUCUAUUCAAGAAACUUGGCAAAGAAGAGAAGAAGGAGUGGAUUUCUAAGGCAAGGGAAGAUGAGUCAUUGAAAAAUAAAGGUGCUGACAAGCAGGCAAAGAAGCGAUGUCGAAGCAAUGCGUCAAAAGAUGAGUCAAAACCAAACAAACAACCUACACUGAACUUCUUUGGCCAUAGGAAAGCCAUCGAACCAGCUAAGGCCAUAGAAACACUUGCUGGAGACGCAGUUGAGAAUGAGGGUGACGAAGAUCAGGUGAAAAGUCCCGUGAAGAAACCAAAGACUCAGUCUUCUGCAGUUGAGAAUGAGGGCGACGAAGAUGAGAUGACAAGUCCGGUGAAGAAACCAAAGACCCAGUUGUCGGCAUCCAAGCUGUCUCAAUUCUCAUACAACAAAAGUCAAUGAUUUGGAUGCGGUAUUACUAAGGUUCUCGUAUGUUCAGUGUUGGCAUAAAUUGAUCUUUAUGUGAUAAUGGCAUCGAAAUGGAAGGGUACGAUGAUGCAUGGCAUAGACAAACAGGUAGAUAGAUUGUUAACAGAUUUCAUCAGCUGUGUGUACGAUGAAGUCACUAAUGUACUAUUAGAUAAUCUAGGACUUGCUAUCCUACUAACUCACGUUCAGCACUGCUUGAAACUACGACUAUUGUUACAUGAGUUUUAACUGAAAGGUACUGUUUAGAAGCUUGU